AUGGAGAGAAGACGGCGGAGUGCAGGUGGAGGUUGGUGGCCGAAAAUUGUGAAUCUUGGUGUUGGGAAAGCAAGCUCUUGGUUUGCAAAAAACUUAAAAAGGAAGAUCGGAGAUGGAGGUAAUACUAAAUUUUGGCAUCAAGCCUGGAAAGGGGAGCAGUCCCUUAAAGUCUUGUUCCCACGUCUUUUCCUCCUAAGUAAUAAUAAGAAUGGGAAUAUUUGUGAUAUGGGGGAAUGGAUUGAUGGGAGUUGGAUGUGGACUCUCAAUUGGCGAAGGGUGCUUCUUGACAGGGAGGUCGAGCAAAUUCAAUCUCUUCUUGGUCAGUUAUCUGGUUUCUCUCCUUGUGUUGGUUCAGUGGAUAAAUGGUUUUGGAGAGCCCAAAAGAAUGGAGUUUACACUGCAAACUCGGCCUAUCAAGCAAUUAGUGACCAAUUUGAGGAAAGAAGAGUUGAGCCGGAAGAGAUGAAAUCUUUCAGUGAUUUGUGGAAUACAACAGCCCCACAGAAAGUUCGCGUGACAACUUGGCGUGUCUUGAGAAACCGACUUCCAACUUGUGACAAUCUUAUUCGAAGAAAUGUUCAAGUGGGAGAGGUGGAAAAGGGCUGCGUUGCUUGUUUUUUCCCGCUGGAGUCGGCAAGUCAUCUGUUACUCGACUGCCCGAAAUCGGCAAUGAUUUGGGAUCAGAUUCUUAAUUGGACGGGCUACAGCUGGGCUCGACCGCGGGGUAUCCCCGAACAUUUCUCUUCUUUUGUGUAUUUGGCAAAUUGCAAGAAGAGUUCUCAGUUUCUUAAGGCAUUGUGGAUGUGCACGAUUUGGGUGAUCUGGAGAAAGAGGAAUGAAAGCAGAUUCGAAGACAAGGUCUGGGUGCUUAAGAGCAUUAUCAUGGAGAUUAAAACUAGAAUGUGGAGUUGGAACAAGAUUUUUGGUUUUUUUGCGUGGGAGUCACCCAUCCUGGAAUGGUGUUCUUCACAGCUUUAUAGCUUUUUGUUGUAA